GUCAUUCAGUGGAGGAAGCUGUGUUCAGGACAGCUGGUAAAUUACCAACACUACAAGAGCUGUCAACGCACUCGUGGUCUCCCGCCAACUGCUCCCCUUCACAAACUGUUAGCCAUGGCAUGAAGACGUUGCACCUUGCACACUUAUUCAGCACCGGUAGUUGAAGAUGAAGCGCCAUCUUCUAUGGCUGUUCCUGCUCUUGCAGGCCAUUGCCUUUUCGUACGCCGAAGCGCAGACCAAGCAGCAUGUCCUUGCUGGCGACACGACCGAGGGACGGACCGGCGCCUCCUUUCGCACAGAGGUAGCUGCUGCACAAAGCGGUGGACAAGCGGCCCAGGAGCCUGGCGCCGACCUUGUUGAAUCUGCCCUCGCCGAGUUGCGCAAGCUAUAUCGGCCUUUCCACCACAGGAUACGGAAGCAGCAUGGCGUCUUCGGCACCCUAUUGCAGUUCGCCUUGAAGGCUCUCCCCAGCCUUCGCCUCAGUGCCCCGCCGCCCGAAACGCCUCAUAGGAGUGCGCUGAGCGGGCCGCUUUUGCAUGCGACUAGACUCCUGGAAGAAUCGGCUCGGCAGAACAACUCGGACGCCCUGUACAUCUUGGCUGAGAUGAACUUUUACGGCAACUUCUCGUAUCCGAGGAACAUGCGCGCCGCCUUCGACUACUACCACCAACUGGCAUCUCUCAACGGCAACAAUUCAGCGUUAUACAUGGUUGGGCUCAUGUACUCGACCGGCAUCGGAGACGCUGUUCAGCGAGACCAAGCACGUGCACUCCUGUACUAUACCUUCGCCGCUAAUAGGGGCCACACGAGGGCUGAAAUGACGGUUGCUCACCGGCACCACGUUGGUAUCGGCACGCCCAAGAACUGCGACGCCGCCGUCAAAUACUACAAGCGGGUUGCCGACAAGGCUAUUGCUUGGUAUCGGUCCGGACCUCCGGGUGGGAUGGCGUGGACGACCGAGGCGUAUCGCAUCGCUGACGAGACCGGCGGGGUCUAUGGCGAAGGCGCCAGCGUCGCUAGUGCCGGAAGCAACGCCAUCAAGGCGCACCCCAACUCGGACGCGUACGCUUCGAUUGAGGAUAUCAUCGAGUACCUGGACCUCAUGUCCCAGAAGGGCGAUUUCGAAGCCUCGUUCAACCUCGGCCGGAUCUAUUACGAAGGUCAAAGAGGCCUUGAGAAGAAUAUGCAGCUAGCCAGGAAGUACUUCUUCGAAGUCACGCAAAAGUACUGGAGAAAGAGCCGUCCCGUCGACAGCCCGAAACCCAACUUGGACAAGACAGCCGCCAAGGCUGCCGGCUACAUCGGACGCAUGUACAUGCGGGGAGAAGGCGUCGAGCAGAACUUUGAUCGGGCCAAGUUCUGGUUCGAGCGCGGUGCCGCCCUAAAGGAAGCGCGGUCUCAGUGGGGCCUGGGCUUGCUGUAUCUCAACGGAUAUGGCGUGAAGACAGAUGUCAUCCAGGCCACCGAGCUCUUCAAAAUGGCCGCUGCCCAAGACUAUGCACCUGCCCAGGUACAGCUCGGGAGCCUCUACCUCGACCAGGGGCAGAGCGACGACCUGGCAGCGGCGAAUCACUACUUUGAACUGGCCGCUCGCUGGGCCAAUAUUGAAGCCUACUAUUACCUCGCCGAGAUGAACUUCUUUGGAGUCGGUCGCGAGCGAUCGUGUUCCGCCGCCGUGGUCUACUACAAGACAGUGGCCGAAAAGGUCGAGCCUCUUGUUUCGUCCUGGGCCGAGGCAAACUUGGCCUACGAGGAUGGCGAUACGGAGCUGGCUUUCCUCGAAUAUCUUGGCGCGGCAGAGCAGGGAUACGAGAAAGCGCAGAACAAUGUCGCCUAUAUUCUGGACCCGGACAAAUCUCGAUUGCCAAUCCCGAAGCUGCUGGAUCAUCGCAGCCGGGUCCCAUCUCUCCUUCAGAACCCCACCCUAGCGCUCAUAUACUGGACGCGCUCGUCACGCCAGGGGAAUAUCGACGCUUUAGUCAAGAUGGGUGACUACUACUUGUACGGUAUUGGUACCGAUGUCGACGUUGACAAGGCUGUCCAGUGUUAUACGGGAGCGUCCGAGUACCACCAGAGUGCGCAGGCACUGUACAAUCUUGGGUGGAUGCACGAGCACGGAGUAGGCCUGAAUCAGGAUUACCACCUGGCCAAGCGAUAUUAUGACUCGGCGCUCGAGACAAACGACGAAGCCUAUCUCCCUGUAGCGCUUAGCCUGCUGAAACUGCGUGCGAAGAGUGCCUGGAAUACCCUUACGCACGGGAGGAUCAACUCGAUCAAAGACGAACCAAAACCGAAGAAGGACUGGUCGCUCAGCGAGUGGAUCAACAACUUUUUACAGGAUGAUGCCCAAUACUACGACGACGUCUAUGACGACCUCUAUGAUGAUACUAUGCCCGGCGGUGAUGCGCUGGAUUUUGAUGACGGCAUAAUGGAAAGCUUCGUGAUCCUUGGCCUGGCCGCUACACUGAUAUUCUUGGUCAUGUACCGCCAGCAGCGUCAGCAGAUGGCAAGACGGAGGGAUGAGGAGACGGCGAGGCAGCGGCGGCAACAGCAACAGCAACAGCGGCUGCAGCAGCAGCAGCAACAUGGCGGCGUCCAAGCAGGGGCCAAUGGAGAAGAUGAGCAACAACAACCUCAACCACAAGACAGAGGACUCUUCCCACAACCUGGGGACCCCGAUUUUGGGCAAUGGGUUGCCGGAGGGAUUGGACAUUGAAAGGAAAAAAGACACGGUGUGAUAGCGUCGUUUUUCAUGAAAGAGUGCAUGUACAUAUGGCAUCGAGCGGCGUCUUGGUCGAUGAAUUAUCGUGGGUUAGAUCAUUAAGGAACGCAUAGGCACCAAACUGUGCCUCAUGUGCAUGUAACGAUAUGAAGUCUCGGAGGAGAAUGACAAUGCUUUGACGCAGCGAACAUUGAUGCUGUCGCAAUCACAGAGAUGCUGUUGUUUCCUGGCUGUGCCGCCCCUGCCAAUCACCCAAAU